AUGAACGACUACUCCAACUAUCCAGACUUCAACCACCCAGACACAACCACAACAGACCAGCAUCGCAUUGGCAACAUGUCGGACGGCGGCGCGGACCACGGCCCCCCUCCUCCUCCUCCUCCGCUUACAAUGCCCAAGCCCGACGCCACGGCAUCCCGGGCCAUGACCGGCGACACCCUGACCCGUGAUGACAUCCUCUCACCGACCCUUCCCUUCUCCUCCUUCCCGCCCUCCUCCUUCCAGCGUCACGGCCCGCAGCACAUCGAUGACUACUUCACUGGCCCGCGCGACCUCUCCCGGCACUCCAAGUGGCCCGUCUUCCUGCAGAUGCAUGGCAGCAUCCUGCCCAAGAUGAUUCUGCCGCUCUUCUUCGUCGGCGCCUGGGCCACCGCCGUCACCGUCGUCUCCGAGACGACGCACUCGCUCGGCGUCAACUCGGUCCUCCUUACCAUCACCGGUUUCGUCGUCGGUAUGGGACUAUCCUUCCGCAGCUCGACCGCCUACGAGCGCUACCAGGAGGGCCGCAAGUACUGGACCGCCCUCAUCACCUCUUCGCAGAACCUCGGCCGCAUCUUCUGGAUCCACGCCAAGGACCACCGCGCUGACCAGGACCCGCGCGAGACCAUCCUGGCCAAGCUCAGUGCCAUGAACCUGCUCGUCGCCUUCGCCGUCGCCCUCAAGCACACCCUCCGCUUCGAGCCCUACACCGACUACGACGACCUGCAGCACCUGAUCGGCCACCUCGACACCUUUGCCCGCGCCGCCACCGAGGACGUCGGUGGCAGCUCCGUAGCUGCCGGCGCCAGCAAGCGCAAGAACCUCUUCAAGUCGGUCGGCGAGUACCUCGGCGUCUCCUUCGCCGCCAGCAACCCGCGCAAGACGCUCAAGCGCACCACGCGCCCGCUCGGCAACCUGCCCCUCGAGAUCAUGAAUCACCUGGCCUCGGCUGUCGACGAGCUCGUCGCCAACCAGCAGCUCACCGUGCCCAUGCAGCAGACGCUCGCCUACAACAACCUCAACGUCCUCGGCGACGUCCUCGCCGGCUGCGAGCGCAUCCUCAACACGCCCCUGCCCAUCGCCUACAGCAUCGCCAUCAGCCAGAUCACCUGGGUCUACGUCAUGCUGCUGCCCUUCCAGCUCGUCAACCUGCUGCACUACGUCGCCAUCCCCGCCACCAUCGCCGCCGCCUACAUCAUCCUCGGCCUGCUGCUCAUCGGCCGCGAGAUCGAGAACCCCUUUGGCCAGGACGUCAACGACCUGCCGCUCGAGUGCUUCUGCGAGCAGGUCACCACCGAGCUCGACAUCAUCGCCUCCUUCGAGAAGAAGCCCACGGCGGCAGUGUUCAACAAGGACACCAACUUCCCGCUCUACCCCGUCAGCACGGCGCCCGCGAGCAUCUGGCUGCAGCGCAGCGAGCAGAAGCUGCGCCACACCAUCAGGUCAAAGCCCAACGUGACGUUUGACUGGAAGAAUGCACGGGGAGGGGAAAAGGUCGUCGGAGACAGGAAUGUUUAG